AUGUCAGAGCAGUAUUAUAUCGCAGUGAAGGCAUCACUACACUCCUCCGACUCUUCUGUCUUUGGUCUCGAGCCAGUCGAGAUAUCCGCACUUUCCAAAAGAUUCCCCAACUCCCAAACCCCUGUGUUCAACGGAGUUCUCAUUAAAGGUAACCCUAUCCAAGUCAUUAACUUGUUGAGUGAGCUGGGAUAUCGCGUCGUCUGCAGCUCCGGUGAGAGCGAGAUUGUCUGGACCCUACGAAGGGACGUUUUGAUUCCGCAAGAUCAGCUGAUAGAAACGCAUUCGCAAACUCGCAGGAGUUUGUCCGCCCGAAUCGCUCCCAACGACAUCGUCAAAAAGCCUGUACGCAACGUCAAAUCUAUGGUCUCACCCCCCUCCAUAAAAUUAAUCACUCCUACGUCGCCCCAAGCUCAGGAGCCUGUGACUGAGCCUCCGUCAGUCCAUGACUCAAGUAAAAAUAUGUGUGAUCACACAAGCUGUAAUCAUCCCCAAGCUGUUACCUCGGUACAGCAGACUUUGGACGAGUUGGAUUUCGAACGUGGCAUUUGGACGGCAGCACUGGAUGGAGACAAGCAGCGUGUCCGUGACCUGUUGAACAAAGGUACCGAAGUUGAUAAGAGAGAUGGCGCAGGAUACACGGCUCUUCACUAUGCGGCGCGCCGGGGAGACACUGAGAUGUGUCGUCUGCUACUCUCAGCUGGUGCAAACAUCAAUGCUGUCACUCGUGCCGGGCAAGCUACUGCACUACAUAGGGCUGCUAUGUCUGGUAGAGUCGAGGUGGUUAAGUUACUGAUUGCUUCUGGUGCUGAUGUUAAACUGAAAGACUCAGAAGGAAGAACAGCUGAAGACAGGGCUCAGGAAUACAACCAACCAGAAGUAUUUAAACUGCUCCAUACCGAGUGAAUGACUACCGUCUACUUUGGGACAUUGUAUAGUUUAUACUACGUUGUGUAUUAUAAAACUCUAACUUUGUUAAUUUUAUGUUACAACUUAAACUUAACAUUAUUUAUUUGCAAUUAGGUGGAAAAACUAGACGAACAUAGAAUGGAUUAUUAUUUUACUAAACUACAGAACAACCCCGCUAAUCCGUCGCCUAUGUACCAGGAUCAUGGUCGGAACAGUAAAAAAGGGCUAUCCAAAGAACAUAUUAAAUGACAAAAUUAAUUUACUUACUGACAUGUAUUGAUCGCACACCACUGCGGGAGUCAAUGAUAAUGCUCUAGUUGCCACGAUCGCAGGAGACGUUCAAUAAUUUGCUCCGAUCUUGGAGGAUAAAUGUCAUGAGUAGAUAACGAUGAUGAUGUUUCUGAUUUUUGCCGCAGGAGAUAAUGAUCGCCACACGACCAUGUCAAAUAGUCAUGAUAUUACCAUGAUAAAGUUGUCACCAAUUGUGAUGGCACGGUCGGAUUAAGCGAGGAGUUGGACUAGCCGAGGUCAGAUUGGUGGGGUUCUAAUGUAGUUUUGUGUUUCAAAUAUCUUGUUUUAAUAGAAUAAUAUCUUAAGUGCUGGAUUUAUUGCUUUUCCUUUUUAAAAUUUAAAAAUUAUGCAUCAAUUAAGACUGCAGUGGUCAGCUAGUCAGUGGUUUUUGGGAUGUGCUAUUUGUGCAUUUAAUCAACAGUAAUUCUUUUUUGGGUGCCCAUUCUACUUUUGUAAAUGGGUUUAAUAUGAAGUUUGCUUGUUGGCUGUACGGGAUUUAUAUAAUUUUAAAAGAAUCAAAAGCAAUACAAAUCACUACUUUUGAGGUAUGUAAUGAGACAAGUAUAAAAACUAUCUGAAUAUAUUACCAAACACUUGCUAAAUUGGUUUAUACUCAAUAUUGCUGGUUAUUAGCAUUCAUUGAGCUAUUUUUAAUCUAAUAAUUUACCAGAUACCAAGACGCAGUGACUUAAACUUAAAUCUUAAACCAUUAUCCAUAUUUCGUCUUAUUAAAACGGGUAAACAUUGCUAAUUUGUAUAGCACUAGAUUAUCUAGUGGAUAAAUCUGACACUCGCCAUUUUAUUAAGUAACCAUUUUUUAGUCUUUGUGAUGUCAGCUCUUGAAUUGACUGCUUCAAGUUAGUUGUAAGGAAUUACAACAUUAUCCUAUUUUUUUAGAAUUUUCAUAUUGACUUUUAAAACCUAAAACAAAUGUGUAUUUACGUGUUUUAGACAAAAUAAUGUCAGAUUCCUUCGUUUAGAGGUUUAAUUUAUUUAUAUACCUGUGGGCCAGACACUACUUUGUUUUGUACUACCUCUAGUUAUCUGAUUUAUUAUUUAAUCAUGUAAAGAUUGUAUUUUAGAUUCCAAGUAAUAACUUCUUAUGAAAAUACAAUUUGUCAAGUUGUAUCUUACAGUCAAAGAUUAUUUUUAUCUACAAGAAAAUCUCUGUUUAAAAUAUUAUAGGAAGGCCCAACUUUCUUUUACAACUUUACAGUAUUUUAGUAUUUUGUUUGAAAAAAAUUUGUUAUUUUUUAUGUUUAGUAAUCAUUAUGUUACAGAUCAUUCUGCUAUGCAUUUUAUAAACUAGUUAUCUAGUAUAGGUUCGUCAAAAGAACGAGCAAACAUCAAAGUGUUUGUGGUAUUUUAUCAAAACUAUAAUAAAAAUGUGGCAAGCAAUGAGAAUUUACAUUAAUAUUAAUAAUGUUAUUUUAGCAAGUAAAAAUCCUUAGUUAUUAUACAUUUUCUCUUUACUAAAGCAUCCUUUUGACUAACCUAUACAUCUUAGUACCACGAGCUAGGAGGAUGAAUAUCUAGAAGAUAGCACUUCUCUAGAGGAUUUUGUUGGUGCUGGCCAUUUUGUUGUGUACUGGAAAGGUUUCAGAAUUUCCAUACAUAAUUUUAAUCUUGGUCUUGUGUUAACACUGAAUGUAUGAGAAAUGGUAGGCUACACUACCACCUUACCUCUCCUACAAACCCAGGGUUAGAAGUUGUCAAACUCUAAACAAGUGCUACCUCAGAUAUAGUAUCUAGCUCAGUGGUUAGCAUAGUAGAAGUAUUUCAGAAUUAGAGUAGAAUAUUUAAAUAUCUAAAUUUAAAUGGGUAUUAAAUAUGACUGCUUUUAACAGGUUAUAUUUUGAUAAAGAAAUAUAUAUUUUGUGAUUUGAUGAACCUUUUACCCUGACCCGCGAAGGUUCCUUUUUGUACAGAGUUUAUAUCCGUAACACAACACUUUUUCCUAUACAGUUUUAUGAUUAUGUAACCAGUUGAAAUAAUCAAUAGUUUCAUGUCAAUUAACAUUUUAUUUCGGCUCUACAACAUUGUACGCAUAUUCUAAUAUAACAGCAAUAUGUAUGAGAUUACUUGUGUUGCUUUUAUGUAGCAAGAAAUAAAAUCUUCAGUGUCAG